AAUUGAAACCAACCUUAAGCUCUUUUUAUCUCUGCCCUAAAGGUAGCCUCGAUUAUUGCUGACUUAAGCAUUGGAGUGUCUACCCCGAGUUCCACCUCGGGGUUUUGCAGGUCAUCCCGGAGUGCAAACGCGGACUGAAGGACUUCUGGUUUGGUGCAAUUAUAUUUAGCGCCGUCUGUGGGAAAUCGAACUGAAAGCUUUCUUGUUGCUCUUUCAUCAUGGUUCACACUCGAUUAGUCCGAGCUGACAAUUCAUCUCUGCCUUUUGGGCAAGGUCAACCCCCCAACAACCUUCCACCUCUGAUCCCACCUCCACUCCCACCUCAGCCUCCUCAGCUUCCACCUCAGGUCCCAACUAUGUUCCCUUCUGUUGAUCAUGCAGAAGGAGGAGAUGAAAACCAACCUCACGCCUCACCUCACAACUCAACUUCCACUGCCAACCAAGACAUAGUUGCAACUCAGAUUGUUGCCAUGCUACAGCAGUUUGGUGUCUUUCAGCUAAUAUUGGCUCAGCUCUUAGCUAGAAACAACCCUGGUGAUCCCCUCAUUAAUUUACUAAACCCUGCUCCACAACCACCAGCUCCACAACAGAAUCCUCAACCAGUUCAGCAUGCUCCUGCUCUUAGUGAAUCUCAGGGUCAAUCUCACAUAGCACCAGUUCAGCAACCCCUUCCUGAUGAUGUCACUAGACGUCUAGACAGCCUAGAAAAGCUAGUAGCUGAUCAGCGAGGUGCCCCACCUCCACACCAUGCUGCUGACUCCAUAGCUCAUCCUCUGAACACCAACAUCACAUUGGAACCUUACCCUGCUGGCUUCAAAAUUCCUCAGCUCGAAACUUAUGAUGGGAUGAAGGAUCCCGAUGAUCACCUGCAUGCUUUCUACUCUUGCAUGCAAGCUCAGAAUGCCUCUGACGCGUUGAUGUGCAAGAUUUUUCCCUCUACUUUCCGAGGUAAUGCUCGAACUUGGUAUUACAAUCUACCUCCAAGGUCAAUUAGCUCUUAUACAGAAAUGGCAUCUACCUUUGCCACUAAGUUUUCCAGUAGAAGGUUGAUCAGGAAAACUACUUCUAAGUUGAUGCGAGUUAAACAGAGGGAUGGAGAAUCUUUAAAGAACUAUAUGAGCAUAUUCAAUGAUGCGGUAUUGGAGGUUAGUUCCUUCGACCAAGCUGUGGGGAUUGCAGCUGUGAUCUCUGGUCUUAAACAUGACAGGUUCACAGAUAGUUUGAUCAAACAUCCUGCCACCACCUUUAGCGAGGUGAAUGAUAGGUCUUUAAAAUUUAUAACUGUCGAGGAAUACGCCCUGGCGCAGAACCCAACUCCCUCUAAGAACCAAAACCCAGAAUGGAGAGAUGACAAUCUGAGCAAGAAAAGGAUGAGGAUGGUACAGAACCGAGGUCCGAUGCCGACCUUUACACCGAGAUUCGGAGGGCUGAACUCUACACUCCCGCAACAACCUGCAGGUAAAACUCCAGUUAAUUGGACUCCUUUUAAUUUGCCGAGGUCACAGAUUUUUAUGCAGAUCAAGAAUAAGAUGGAUUUAAGGCGUCUUGGCCCAAUGAAGACUACUGCUGCUAGCCGAGAUCAUACCAGAUAUUGUGAUUUUCAUCAAGAUCACAGUCAUACUACAGAGCAGUGCAACAGUUUAAGUCGAGAUUUGUUAAAGAACAGAGGCCACAACCUUAAGGAGUCUGCAAUCCCCCAAAUAGGCCUGGAAGCAGGUGGACUGAGCUCUAAACAGCGAAAGCUGUAUGUUAGAGAGGUUAAGCAUCAAAACCGAGCUCAAAAAUGGAAGUUUGACGACGCUGAUUGGAAGAAUCAACCCAUUACUUUCACAUUUGUUGAUUUCGACACAGUUGUUACACCCCACAAUGAUCCUUUGGUCACAUCUGUCAUGAUUAACAACUGUGAAGUACAGCGUGUCCUCGUUGACACCGGGAGUGCACCAGACGUAGAAGGAGUUAUUACCCUCCAUGUUGCUUUUGGGAGUGGCCGGACCUAUGUGACUCCUUUAGUCCGGUUCCUCGUCGUCAAGAUGGCGUUCUCUUUCAACGUUGUUAUUGGCCGACCCACACUGACUAAAAUCCGAGCUGUGGUUUCCCAAUCUCACCUCUGCAUGAAGUUCUCAACUCCUAUGGGAAUAGCAACACUGCGAGGUAAUCAAGAGGUGGCCAGACAUUGUUAUAUCACCUCGAUAACACAACCUACGAAGGGCAAAGAUCAGACACCCGAGGCCAUUCCCCAGCGAAUUCCUGAUAAUCAGCAAGUUAUGAGUGUUGAGAUCGUAGAUAAUCGACCGGAAGAUGAAAUUAGAGCUGCUCCAGUUGAAGAUGUCGAAGAAGUGCUCAUUGAUGACAGAGAUCCGAGCAGAAAGACACAAAUUGGAACUCGAUUGAACCCAGAGGAAAGAGCAGAGCUAAUAGCUUUUCUCCGAGCUAACAAUGAUGUAUUUGCGUGGACUUUGGCAGACAUGCUAGGAAUUCCAAAUUCAAUAUCUCAACAUAAGCUCAACACCAAUCCAUUGAAGAAACCAGUGGCCCAGAAGCAACGUCUCUUCGGGGGGGAGAGGCUUCAGGCUAUUAAAGACAAGGCAAACGGUAAAUGGCGAAUGUGCAUCGAUUACACAAAUCUUAACCAAGCCUACCCCAAGGAUUGCUAUCCGAUGCCGAAUAUUGACAAAUUAGUUGAAGCGGCUUCAGGUAAUGAGAGGUUAAGUCUCUUGGAUGCAUAUUUUGGCUAUCACCAGGUGCCGAUGGCUCCAGAAGACGAAGAGAAAACCUCGUUCUAUACUGGUGAUGAAAUUUAUUGCUAUGUCAUGAUGCCGAAUCUGGAAGUUUAUGUCGACGACAUUGUGGUAAAUAGCCUAAAAGCAAAAGACCAUCUAGCUGAUCUCGACGAAACUUUCAACAACCUCAGAACGAACAGGAUACGGUUAAAUCCAGCCAAAUGCAUUUUGGGCGUGGAGUUUGGAAAGUUUCUAGGUUUCAUGGUGUCCCGAAGAGGGAUUGAGGUCAAUCCAAAGAAGAUCAGAGCAAUUGCCGAGAUGGGACAGCCAAAAUCAGUGAAAGAUAUACAGAGGCUGACUGGAAGGGUGGCAGCCCUCUAUCGGUUCAUAUCGAAGUUAGCAAAUAAAUGCCUACCAUUUUUCAAGAUUAUGAGUGGUAAGGGUUCAGGAACUGGUGCUCUCUUGAUUGGCCCAGAUGGAUACCGAAGUGAACAUGCCCUGAAAUUUAACUUCAAUGCAACAAACAACAUGGCUGAGUAUGAAGCUCUGCUGCUUGGUCUACAGCUAGCAUUGGAGUUGAAAAUCAGCGCAAUCCAAGUAUACAGUGACUCCCAGCUGGUGGUGAACCAAACCAACUCAAUUUGUGAAGUCGUUGAUCCUGUGAUGGUGAAAUAUGCAGCCCUAGUGGCUGAGCUGAAGUGCAAAUUCCAGAAAUUCUGUCUAAGCAAAAUUCCCCGAACUGAGAAUGAACAGGCAGAUUCACUCUCAAAAUUCGCCUCUGAUAGCUCCUUAAGUUCCAGAUCAAUUUUUGUGGAGGUUUUAGAUGAACCAAGCUUUAUGAAGCCACGGGUAAUGGAGAUCAGCACAGAUCCAGACAUGCCGAGUUGGACUGACUCAAUUAUUUCCUUUUUACGAGAUGGGAUAGUACCUGAGAACAGGCAGGAGGCAAUGAAGUUGAGAAAGAAAGCAUCUUGGUAUACACUCGUUAAUGGGGUCCUCUAUAAGAGAUCUUUUUCACUCCCUCUUCUACGGUGUUUGAAUCCCUACGAAACCGAGUAUGCACUUCGAGAGAGAUGCCCGAAGUACCAAUUCUUUGCACAUCUGACUCAUCAACCAGCAGAGGAGCUCACGAACUUUGUAGCACCAUGGCCAUUUGCUCAGUGGGGAUUGGAUCUUCUGGGCCCAUUCGUGAAAGGGGUUGGUGGUGUAACCCACCUGAUCGUCGGCGUGAAUUAUUUCACAAAAUGGGUUGAAGCUCGACCAUUAUCCAGUCUUACAUCCAAGAAGGUUGAAGAUUUUGUUUUCAAUUCGAUCAUUUGCAGAUAUGGGAUCCCGAAUCAGAUUGUAGCUGAUAAUGGAACACAAUUCAACUGCACUUCUUUCCGAGAUUUUUGUUCCAGCUACGAGAUCAAAUUGCAGUUCACCUCGGUUCAUCAUCCGGAGUCCAAUGGUAUGGUAGAACCUGUUAAUAAAUGCAUUCUAGAAGGAAUAAAGCCGAGGUUGGAGCAGCACAAGGCCAAGUGGGCAAAUGAGCUCAACAACGUCCUCUGGGCAUACAGAACAACGAGCCGAACUGCUACAGGUGAAACACCCUACCACCUGGCAUUUGGUACCAAAGUAGUCAUUCCUAUUGAAAUAGGAGUCCCAAGCUUCUGGGCCACCCAUUUCGAUGAAGGGCGAAAUGGACAACUGCUUCGAGAAAACCUUGAUCUGCUUGCUGAAGUCAUAGAAGAAGCUCGACUUCGAACUCUUGUAUACAAGCAGAAAUUAGCCAACUUCUACAAUAAACGAGUCCGCCCUCGAACAUUCAAAGUAGGAGACCUUGUCCUCAGAAAGGCUGGCCUAACAGGAUUUGAAACUCGUUUUGGCAAACUGGCCCCAAACUGGGAAGGCCCUUAUAUAGUGGCCGAAGUGCCACAUCCUGGUGCCUACAUCCUCCAAGAUGCUGAAGGGAAGAGAUUUCCUAGAGUCUGGAAUAUCAAUAACUUGAAGAAAUUUUACCCAUAAUAGAAUUCUUUCAAGUCAUCUAUGUCUUAUUGAUUCUUUACACUUCUUACUUCGUGAUUGUUGAGAUUCAUUUUAUCCCUUAUCCUAUGUCCCCGAGGUCAAUCAGAUCGUUUAUUCCUCAAACCUCAUUUCUGUUAAUAAACGUCACUUCACAUA